AUGUGCACGAAGAAUGGAAAGUCUAAAAAUGGGUUCUUUAUGAUAAGUUUCUCUGUUACUUUUGAAGAUGGUGAAUUUGUCUCCAAAGGUACCCACUCGGAAAUUGAUUUUAUGCUUGAUUUUUAAAACUUCUCUUUUUCUUCCUUCCCUCUCCAGGCCCAAGAAGAACUGGGCAGAAGGGCAGUCAUUGUCCCAAGCCCAACAAAUCAGCACACUCUAGAAAAUCCAGCAUCCUUUUUGCAUCUGCUGUUCAGAAAUCUAUUUGGCCUCUUUCAGAGUUUUCUAGCAUUUACAGCUGGUAGAGUCACAGAGUGAUUAGAGAUGCAGGCUGAUACGGUGUCAAAACACUUCAUUGCCUCGGGUGUCCAGCUUGUUGCUGAUGUUUUGACUUGUCUCCUGUCCAGCAGCUGGGAAAUGGGAGAUAGCUUUUUUCCAGAGGAAACCCAGGAUGAGGGAAGCAGCUCGUCUUCAGAGGACACGCAGUGGACCUCGUGGCGUUGGUCAAGAUCCAGCAUGAAGUCGGAGAUAAAGCGCCUUCAGACAUUUCAGCUCUGGCCCGCGAGCGUUCCUGUUUCUCCAGCUGAACUGGCAGCUGCUGGUUUUUAUUUUGUCGGUCCUGCUGACACUGUCCAGUGUUUCUGCUGUGGCGGGUCGUUGUAUAAUUGGGUAGCUGAAGAGGAUCCUAUGGUAGAGCACAAGAAAUUCUUCCCAUCGUGCCUGUAUAUCCAGGAGAAAAUCGUAGGAAAUUGCCCACAGGUGCCUUGGAGCGAAGAACACCUGGACUGUGUAGAUGGCCAAUUCCUUGGCAUGCUGCAAAGUUUAAAUGUGGAGGAGAACCCUGUAGGUGGCCAGCCAGAAUACCCCUACAUGGAGACAGAAGGAGAUCGGUUGGUGUCGUUUGAAAAUUGGCCAUCUUAUUCUCCGGUGUCUCCUGAAUUGUUGGCCAGAGCUGGCUUUUUCUAUACAGGCCAGCAAGAUCAUGUGCGGUGUUUCUACUGUGAUGGUACACUGAGGAACUGGGAACAAGGAGAUGACCCCUGGAUAGAGCAUGCUAGGUGGUUUCCAAGAUGUGCAUUUCUCCUCCAGUCCAGAGGGAGAGAGUUCAUAAGUCACACCCAACAAUCUAAUGUAAUGUUGGAAGACAACUUGCAUUGGUCUGAAGACUAUUCCGAAAGCUCUCAUGAGUCUCUGGAAAGAGAACCAGAUCCUUGGAGGGUGAGAAGAGAGACACAAGCAGAACGCUCCCAUGAGCCAGAAUCCACCACGAGCAUGGAAGAAAAACUGCGCCAGCUUCAGGAGGAACGGAUGUGCAAAGUGUGCAUGGACAAAGAUGUGUCCAUUGUGCUGGUUCCUUGUGGCCACUUAGUGGUGUGUGCUGAAUGUGCCCCUAAUCUGAGCCGCUGCCCCAUCUGCAGAGGGGACAUCCGGGACAGUAUGAAGGCCUUCCUGUCCUGACCUGAAAGGUGAGCAAAGCAUUGAAUCCUUAACAGAAGAGAGGUGGGCAUCGUUUACUUGAUUGCUGGUCUAGGGUUAAAUCUUGUUGAUCUGUGCUCCUUCUAAUGGUAUAAAGCACUGGGCCCUCUAAGAAGUGGGCUACGGGGGCCCACGUGGUUAGAAUGCUGAGUCGGAAGACCAUUGAGAGGUUGACAGCUCGGCAGUUCAAAACCUGAGCCAGCCGUGUGCUGCAGCUGCCAAAAAAGCCAACACAGUACUGGGCUGCAUUAACAAGGAUAAAAUCAAGAUCACGUGAAGUAUUAAGACCACUUUACAAUGCCUUGGA